AUGCCAAGAACGUUGAUGUUGAUGACUUGCGUGCCCAAUGUGGAGUGUGGAACAUGGGCUGCUUUUGCUACUUCUCAAACCACUACUGCAUCUCAAACAUUUGAUGCUUCUCAGACCAAUGAUGCUUCUCAAACCAAUGAUGCCUCUCAAACCUUUGCUGCUUCUGAAACAACUGCUGCUUCUCAAACAACUGCUGCUUCAAACAAUGUCCCAAGGCCAAGGGGGAGACCAAGAAAAGCACUUGUGGUACCUGAAACUCCUCCAAGACUAAGGGGUAGGCCAAGAAAAGAACAUAAUGUGCCUAGUGCUCCUCCAAGACCAAGGGGAAGGCCAAGAAAAGAACCUGCAGUUGCUACUCCAAAGCCUAGAGGAAGGUCAAGAAAGGUAACAUAG